UAAAAACGUUUGGUGGGUUAUCAUUUUCAUAGUAUAUAUACACAAAUACUCUUAUAAGUAUAGUAAAAGGAAAGGCUUGGUAUAGAAAAUGAGAGAUAGAAUGGAGAGACUUGUGGUUUUUCCUUUCUCCGUCGGAUGUAUCUCCGACUCUAGCGUCGACGUUUUAUCUCCUCUCUCUAAACAUCAUCAUCGUUCUCCUCAAGGGAUUCGUGACCAAGAAGAGGAAGAAAACAUGAAGAAUGUAUUCAAGUUCCUUGCGGUAUCUAAACCGGAGAUCUCUACCGGUAUUAACCGGCUUUUUAAGAGCUUCAAGACCAUUUCUCAACUCUUUGCUUACAAAGAAGAGGAGAGUGAAGAAGGAGAGACAUCAGGGUUAAUGGAGAUAGGAGUUCCGACAAAUGUAAAACACGUUUCGCACAUUGGUUGGGAAAGCAGUAGAGAAUGGAAAGAUCUCAUACCGCCUGAGUUGCUCGCAGCCGCUGAUGCAAAAGAAGACGUUAUCAAUCCUCAUCUUUUAUAAUUCACUUCCUCUAUUUAAAUUUAUUUUUAUGUUUUGUACACGAAUCUAGACAUACUUUGAUACAUAUGGCGGAUAUGGGGAUUAUCUGAUUUAUAAUAUAAUGUAUGAUAUGCCGUAUACAUAUUAUUGGAGUACAUAAAUUGGUGCUAUAUAAUGUCUAAAUGUGUUUGUAUGUGAAUAGUAAGAUAUGAAUAUAUGAUAUAUAUGCG